UUCCGGUAACGCACUGGUGGCAGCAAAGGAUGAUGAACACAACGGGAGGCCAGGGCCCAUCUGGUCCAACCGUUUCUGGACCUCCAGUUAUGUCCCAGGUUGACAGAGUCCCUGCAGUCAUGUCCCAGGUUGACCGUGAGAAGAUUUAUCAGUGGAUAGUGGAACUUACUGGUCCUGAUACAAGAGAAAAUGCACUCCAAGAACUCAGUAAAAAAAGAGAAGUUGUACCAGAUCUAGCUCCAAUGUUGUGGCACUCAUUUGGUACAGUUGCUGCUCUCCUCCAGGAAAUUGUUAACAUCUACCCAGCCAUAAAUCCACCUCAUCUCACAGCCCACCAGUCCAACAGAGUAUGUAAUGCAUUGGCUCUACUCCAAUGUGUAGCAUCCCACCCUGAGACACGAUCUGCCUUCCUUCAGGCACACAUUCCAUUGUUCCUGUACCCGUUUUUACACACAGUUAGUAAGACAAGACCAUUUGAGUACCUACGACUCACUAGUCUUGGUGUAAUAGGAGCACUCGUCAAGACUGAUGAGCAGGAAGUAAUCAAUUUCUUACUCACAACGGAAAUCAUUCCUCUGUGUCUGCGGAUCAUGGAGUCAGGCAGUGAGCUGUCUAAAACAGUGGCAACAUUUAUCCUACAGAAGAUUCUGUUGGAUGAAAUGGGACUGUCCUACAUUUGUCAGACCUAUGAACGCUUCUCUCACGUCGCCAUGAUCCUGGGCAAGAUGGUGCUUCAUCUCUCCAAGGAACCCUCUGCCAGACUGUUGAAGCAUGUAGUACGCUGUUAUCUCCGUCUCUCCGACAACCCAAGAGCAAAGGAAGCCCUGCGCCAGUGUCUUCCUGACCAACUUAAGGAUGCUACAUUUUCUCCAUGUCUCAAAGACGACAACUCCACCAAGCGCUGGCUUCUGCAGCUACAACAGAACCUUGAUACACCCAUGGCAGUACCAGACCCCAGGAGCAUGCCUCUUCACCAGCAGUAACACGUGUCUCUAAACAUGGUGCAUACCUUUAUUAAAAUCUGGCUUCUUGAAAUAUUACAGUAACAAGUAUUCUUGACCCCUAGAAUGAAUCUUUCUGUCCUAAACUUUUCUGAUCCCUUACUAUUUGGUAUUCUGAGUCUGGAGUAUAAAUCUUCCUCAGAGGUUUUAAGUCUCCCUUGCCUCUGAGCAUCCAAAUAGUAAUAUGAUAAUCUGUGUCCUAUAUAUCCCAUGUUGUAGCUGUGCAGGGCUUUGUUUUGUCAUACAUUCUUAAUGCUAUACUUCAUGGAAAGUUAAUGAAGACAUGUUUACACAUUAUUACAUUAAGUGUCUUUCAUAUAUUUCAUACUAAUUCACAUGAGAAUAAUUGCCAAAACAUUGGAAUCCCACCCCACAAAUUUUAUCCUGUUCACAUAUAGCUCAUUGUUAGGUAUUGUUAUAAUUGUUAAUUAUUAUUGUAUCAGAACCUCGGGCUAGAGGUUCGGCGUAGAUUACGUGGCCUUGGCAUAUUAGAAGUGAACUUGGUACUAGUCCUGGGUAGCUAACAUCACUAGAACUAGUCUUUUGAGUGUAACAUGUGAGGAGUUUGCAUGACAGUUGUUGUGUGGUAUGAAGUGUUGACAGUACGUAUGUGUAUGUUUUCCACUGUUAUGACAUUGUCAUUAUGUAUUGAAUACUGGACUCUAUCAUAUACACAAUAAACAGAAGUAUAGAAAUGUUUUCUGUACACACUUGUACUUGUAUCUUAUUUGACUGUUUACUGGGGGGAAAAGACAAACUCUGUAAUUGAAUGCUGAUUUAAUGGAUUGGUGAAUUUGGUUUUGUCCUUUGGUAUCAAUAUUACUUAACAAUUCAUGUUCACUGAAAUCAUGAGCUAAGUGACGUAAGUUUGCCAGUAUAUAUGUUGUUACACUACUUUAUGAUUUUAUUGAGGAUACAAAGGAUACGAUCCAUUGUUUUAGUCAGAGAACAUACUUAUGUACAUUGUAUGGUCUCCUUUAAAAAUAAUUAGCUAUAUAUGAUUUUAUUUUUGGGCUUAAUGAAGUGAAAUUUAGUCUUUGAGUAAGUAUGUGGAUGUCUUAUGUACAUUUGAUCAGUAAAUGAUCAUAUCCCUUGUGCUAUUAAUUUGGUAUGGUUUUAGAAAGUGUGUACAUAUGUGUUAUAGAAGUAUUGAAUGAACAAAUGAGAUGUGAUUUUAGGAAUAUGUGUUUUUUCAAGUUUGAAGUGCACCAGUGUUUGUUCGUACUCAUGUGUACAAUUUAGUCUUGAGGGAAUGACAGAUGACUAGUUUUGGUAUGUACAAGUGUACAUAUGAGAUGUUUGUACUGAAAAUGUGCAAAUUGUGACAUGUAUUAAGUAUUUGUAGCAAUACAACUGUUACAUUUUGUUUCUGUGCAUCCAGAACACAGCCAGGAACUACUGAAUGUGUAGUUAUAUGGUGAAACAGCAUACCUGGUAGUAGUCAUUGUAUAAUUACAUCCAAUUGGGAGUCAUCAUAAAAUUUUAGAAAGGCAUUCUGUUGGAUAUAAAGGUUUUCAAAUUGCUUCAUUCAGUCAUGUAUGGACAUUUCAGUUACUAGAAAACAAUCAAACCUAUUGUAUGCCAAACUGCAUCAGAUGUAUUUGGUAAAAAUGUGUUUCAUCAGGUGAAAAUAUUCCUGGAAAGUCUGGUGAUUUUUAUUAUCAGUUUUACUCUUAUUGGAAACCUGUUGGGAACAGAAUGUGUAAAGGAGACAAUAAACAGGUGUAUCGUCAUUAUUUUAAGGAACAUUUCGGUCUGAUAUCACUACAGGUCAUUAUUAUAAGGAACAUUUUGGUCUGUCUGUUUGUCUGAUAUCACUACAGGUCAUUAUUAUAAGGAACAUUUUGGUCUGUCUGUUUGUCUGAUAUCACUACAGGUCAUUAAUAUAAGGAACAUUUUGGUCUGUCUGUUUGUCUGAUAUCACUACAGGUCAUUAAUAUAAGAAACAUUUUGGUCUGUCUGUUUGUCUGAUAUUAAUACAGGUCAUCAUCAUCAGAAUAUUGUAAUCAAGCAUCAGUGACUCGUCUUUAUGUAGUGUACCGGAGAUUAUUUGUACAAGGAGUGAUUUUAACAUUGGGUAUAUGUGUGGUUUGUGAUCGAGUGUGGAUGAUGUAACAUUGGGUAUAUGUGUGGUUUGUGACCGAGUGUGGGUGAUGUAACAUUGGUUAUAUGUGUGGUUUGUGACCGAGUGUGGAUGAUGAAGGCUGUCAAAGAGAUGUAUUUUAUGUACACUGGAGUAAAAAGUACUUUUGAAAUAAAAUUGUGUUCAUGUACCA